AUGGAUAGCUCUACUCGGACUCUCUCACCCACAUUACCACCGCAAAGCCGGCCUAGCAAUGCGCCUCCAGCAUCGAAGCCUUCGAGAUCAAGAAAACGCUCGGCAGCUGCUACCGGUCAAAAUGGUCAAAACCAAUCGUUUUUCUUCGUUGACUCCAGUUCUUCGACGAAAGAGAAACGUGCCCAUGUGAUGCGUCAUCAUAUUCAAAAUAAGAAAAGACAGAGCACGUCGACAACUCAGGGAGACCGACCGUCACGCCGCGACUCCCGGGGUUAUCCGUGGGUGAAGCGUGAGUCCGUUACUACAGAUGCUGGGGAAACAAACGGAGAAGACGAAUCGCUGCCGCUAACAACACGUGGCUAUCCCGCCGCUUAUGCUGGCAUGAAUCAUCAUGGCAGAGUUACCCGGCUCCCGAGCCCUAGGACAAUGUUGGAUGGCUUACGGGAUGACCCUUUUGCUACCUUGCCGAUGGACAUCAAAGUCACUUGGGACGAGAAUCAACUGUAUGACUUAUGGACUACUCGAUUAAGCUAUUGGUCGGGCCAGAAUAUAAAAAUGAAAGAAAAGGCUUUUCGAGCAGCGAUGCGUCAUCGGGCUUCUUUCGAAGCACUCAUUUUAGGCUACUGUGCUCGAUGGAAGCCCCAUCUAGAUGGCCAGCCGAACGAUGCAAUGAUUCAAUACUACGAUUCUCAAGUGCAAUUUAGCUUGAGUAAUGUGGGCCGCCUAGGUGCCAAUGACUUUGACGACGAUAGCCUAUCACUGACAUUUACUGGACUGAUGUUGCAAGAGGAAAGAUUCGGAGACAAACAUAAGGCACAACAAUACGCCCAACAAGCUAAAAAUGUACAGCUUUACCGAAAAUCGCAGCCGAUGGAUAACGCUUGCCGGUCGCUGCUUUUCUUUAUUCUUUCCAUCAUGAAACCACCAUCUCAGAGCAUCAGUAUGGAUGAGAAACUUCAAAUGGUGGAUUUCUUGCGUACGGGAGACCGGUUCAUGGCAGAGCAUGCAGCCAAGGAAUACCUGCGUGAUGUUCCCCGGCGAGAGAAUACGUUUUACUUCAAUAGUCCCAUCUAUCAGCUAUUAUCUAGCGGGCCUCGGCCCAGCCAAGUUCCACAAGAAAGCCGAAGCUAUGUGGUCAACAAGAAUACGCCAACGAUGGAGUGGUCGCGCACUGCGGCCCUCAUCUAUAUCGUCCUAGCACUAUACAAUUACCGUAGAUCGAAAGACAAAACAGCGCGUUUCCUUGAGCAUCUGCACUAUCUGAUCAGCAAGCAUGACCUUGAGCGCAACCCGGCGUGUGAGUCAUUCAUUUUCUUCCUUGUUGAGGAGAGUUAUGAUGCAGAUUUAAGACAGCCCAACCGGGCUUGGCAAACCAUCGAGCUGCUUAACAUACAUAAGAAACUGCCACCGGACCUGCAGUUUCGGUUCAACGACACGCUUUUGAACUUUUUGAUGCUGGUCCCUCCAGUCUACCCGGUGGAUGACUUUGAGGAAAAGCUCAAUGCUGUCGUCAUCAAGAGGCGGUGA